AUGUCGUCUUUCAUAGAUACUAUAACAAAAAACAUAGUUAAAUCAAAACAAAGUUAUCGAUAUGAUGAUUGUAUGAAAGAUUUUGCUUUAGUAUUGUAUAUAUUAGGUGCUAAACAAUGUUAUGAAUUCGUUCGAAUUAAUAUUAUUGGUGCACUUCCUAAUCUAACAACAAUAAAUAAAUUAAUAUCGAAUACUGAUCCUAUUUUAGCAGAGGGUCAAUUUUGUUUUAUUGCCCUGAAACAAUACAUUGAUACAGUGAAUGUAAGAUUUGGUUUUUGUGCUGAAGAUUGCACCGGUGUUAUUAAAAAAGUUAAAUAUGAUGUUACCACAAAUUCAUUUGUUGGUUUUGUUACAAAGUUAUCUAAUGGAGUACCGAUUUGUAAUUAUUAUAGAACUGAUUCCUAUGAACAACUUCAAUAUUGGUUUGAAAACGUGAAAAAAUCUUCGUUGUUAAAUAUUCAUAUGUUCCAGCCUAUUCCACAAUCCAAUCAUACAAAUUCACCUGCAUCAUUCCUAAUGAGUGCUUAUGGUGUGGAUAGUAUUGGGUUGUCAUGUGAAUCUAUGUUUCGAAGUACACGAUCUUUAACAGGAGUACAUUCUACAAAUGUUAACUUUACAGGGACUGAUUUUCUUCGUCGUUCCCAAAAAUUAUCUGUUUUAAAUAAAAUCAAACAUCAUCAGGAAAAUGAAAAAGGUUUACUUUUUCCUGUACAUCAUAAACAUAAAAAUGAUAAUCAUAUAAUAAUGCACGAAACAAUAGAAGCUAUUUAUGAUUUAGAUAUAGAAAAAAUUGUUCUCACUUCAUAUAAAAUGGCGGUUGCUCUUAUCAAACCGCUAAAUGUCAUAGCAUUACUUAAACAACAUUGCCUAAUUGAGUUAGAUUCAUUAAGUAAAUAUAUUUUUAGUCGACUCAAUGCAAAAUCAAGAAUGAUUGAUGAUUCAGUGAUAACAACAAGUAGUAAAAACAGCUUACAUUCAGAAUCAGAUACAGAUGAUGAUGAAUACGAUGAAGAUGAUUAUUUAAAUAAUAGUGAUGAACUCAUUAGUAACACUAGUGAGGAUAAUGAACGUCUAAAUGAAUCAUUUGAUGAUGACGAAGAAGUGGAAAACAUGAACUUGACAAUAAAUGAUUUCAAUGGUUUAAAAAUUCGAGACAAUAUAAAUAUGGAACAAAAAGAUCGCUAUUUUAGAAUAAAAAUUAACGAUACGGUGAAGUACAUGCAUAAGCAAACAGCUUGCUGGAUAUUAACGAAUGAAAGUGGAAGACUUUCAACAGAUCGUUUAUGUCGUGUAAUGCAGACAAGCAAAAAAUAA